UUGACUGGAUGGGAUGGGAAUCUGCUAUGGGACUUGUGCAGUCGAUUGCAACUGUGACUCUGGCUUGGCCCUGGACCAGGGACGAUAGACAAACUCCUCCCCGAAAUCAGCCGACCCCCCCUUGAGCUUAUGACAAGGCGCUAUUCCCUUUGAGUGCCUCCAUUUAGCCAGAGCAGAACAGGCCGAUGGUUUGCUCGCCGUCUUGUGUCGAAUGCGGCGUCGUCGUAUAUGUUGCCGAAGCGCGGUUCUUUGGCCACGCCGCGGUCUUCCAUCGGCAUGUGGUGAUCUGGGGUCAUCCGUGAAGCGCUCUACCUACGGCAUCCCCCGGAAACGCAGAAAAAGAAAGGAAAAUUCCCCCACGGCAAGGACACGACAAUCGACAUGGACACGGGGGAAAAGCCGACCCGACCUGACGAUGAUUCCCACACCCUCGUUGCACAUUUGCGCUUCCACAUUCACGCCCAGACCGCACCCAUCCACGGGCUCCCAGACACACUCCCCGGCCCGGCCAGGCUUAGAGCAUGCCACACUGACACCGGCUGCGGCUGUACGUACCUGAGGUACCGCCCCGACCCAGCGCUGGAGGGCCCCACUCGGCGCUAGUGCUGGCGGGGGGGGGGCCUGCUGCAGCGG